AUGCCUACAGGUCAUGAAUUUACCGCUCAAGAAAAAUUAUUAAUCUUCAAAGUCAUAAGAUUUUGUGAACAAGAGAAAACAGGACCGAUAAUUCCAUUGUAUAACGUAGUUGAACGAAUUGCAAAGAUGUUAGAUAUUUCUGAAACAUCAGUAAAAAGAUUGAAAAAGGAAAUGAACGAGCUGAUACAGCAACAACAAACAGAACUUGAAGAGGAACAAAAUCGGAAGCAGCAGGAAGAAAGGGAAUUAGCCGAAAAUAAACGUCAACUUCGAAGUCAAACAAAACUGGACUCCGCAUCACAAGAUCGUUCAACGUUUUCGAAGCCCAAACGAUUACAUCGACGUCAAUCUCAUACCGGUUCUUUGGCUGCUGCGAAAAACCAUUCAUCUAUUCCUCGGCCGUAUUCUCCUCAAAAGAAGGGUAAGCGUUGUCUUAUCGUGCGAAUUAAUAUAAAUGAAAAUAUAAAUUUUCUCUUCAGAUAA